AUGGCCAAUGCACCGGACCGGCGACAGCAGCUUCGUGAUUUGAACUUGAGAGCGACCGCGGGCGAGUCUGUUUUCCCUGUUCUGCCGAAAACAGACUCCUCGCUCAAGAAGAACACCGGUUUUGUUAAACGCAUCAGAACCAUCAACUCCGAAAACGCAGCCAAUGUGCUUUCAGAUGUGCGCACUCUAUCGCUUGAAAAGUACUUGAGUGAAAUAGCGGUGGCUUAUUGUGAGGCCCUUCUUUCUGUCGCUCGGAAUGACGAUAUCUUACCGUUUUUGGAGGUAGGACUGGCAUUGCACCAACGGUUCGGCCCUGCGUUUGUGGCACCUGUUCUAUCGAGCUUGGUGAAUUUUUUGGGAGCUAAGGGUUCCGCUGAACCUCUCCCGCGUCAUAAAUUCGUGCUCAAAUUCGUUUUUAGCAUGCAUCUUGUAGGUCUCUGCACGACACUAGGUGACUGUUCUGUUGAGGAAUUGAGUGACAGUGCGGCCAAACUCUGUAAGAACCAUGGUCAAAGUCCGAUCAUAUUGCCGCUUUUGAAGUCCAUGAUGGCAUUCGAGCUCCGGCGCGGCCAUACGUUGUCGGUAGUGGCAUCCUUUGUACGGUACUUCAAGGAUGUAUUGGUGAGCCCAUCGCAGGCUUUGCUACCAGAAAAUGUCCACGCGCAAUUGUUGCAACUUCUUACCCAGUACACGGCAGAGAUUGUCAAGGUGCUUGUGCAACUACGCAAGGAUACUGCACUGCGCAAGGAACGUCUUCGAAAGGCCUCAAUUAGAACAGGCAAGUUGCUCGAAGACUUGCAGCAAGACGUUGACGAUGCCGUGGAACUCGAAGCCGUUUUCGACUCGUGUGCCACUGUUCUUUGUGAGGUAGCCGAUGUGGUGUAUCCCGAAAACAAAGAAACGGGUGAUCUCCACGAGGAUCAAGCGUCGGCAUCUGAGGAAAAUGUACUGUCAGUGAAGCAAGAAUGGUGGGACGAUGCUGCCGACCGCGACUUUCAUCAAGUGAUUCCUUCAGGCGAGGAAGUGGCUGCCGCAGUAGACCCUAAGUCCAUCGCAAAUCUACGCCUCAAUCGGUUGACAGAGGGUGAGUGUGUUGUCAAGUUUUUGACCCUUUUGGAAAAUGCUGUAUCCGAGCAAGACAUCCUUGUUUGUUCUGUACUUGUGCAGAAAUAUGUUCCCUACAACAAGGCGACUCGCAAUAAGCUCCUUAAGUUCUUUUCCUUCGAGUCCAAGAAAAUGGACAACGUCAAUAUUUAUGCCCGGUUCCUAAAAAUCAAUGAGACUUUCCUUGCAGAAGUCAUUGAAUGCUUGACCUCUGCUCUCGAUCAGGGCUUCCGCUCUCAAAUCCAUCAUGGCAGAAUCAAUUUCCGAACUAUCAGUUUCUUUGUCGAACUUGUCAAGUUUAAACUUAUUCCAAAGCAUGUUGUCUUCCACAAAAUCCGCAGAUUGACACUCGACCUCGCUGGAACCAAUAAUGCUACCAUUCUUCUGAUCUUCUAUCAAGACUGCGGCAAGUUUUUGUUGUUUGAGCCAGAAUACCUGGAAACCACAAAAGAUAUGCUUGAUCUUUUACAACUGCGUUCCAAGAGUGCAAGUCUCUCUCCCGAUGAAAAGCAUGUGAUCAGGAAUAUGUUUUCUAUUGUCGACUCUUAUGUCAAUCCUAAGAACAAAGAGCCUGUCAAAGAGAUUGUUGCUACUCCGAUCCAAGACUUCAUAUCUCAAAUCAUUAAGAUUCUCGCAACUCCCCAGUACUACCAUCAUGCCAAAAAUUUAUACCAGCAAAUCGAUUUCAUUAACGAUGUCGAGGCUCAGGAGGCGUUGUUCAAUGUCUUUCAGAAGCCUGAAGCCCUCAACUUGGAUAAUUACGAGCUUCUUGCAAGAUUGUUGUGUAGCAGUGGCAAGAAACGGAAAUUCUUAGUUGCUCGCGUUGUUAGUGCUUUGAUAGAACAGGUAUACCGCGGUUUGGAAAGCUGCGACUACAGAAACAAUUCCGCACGGACUUCUCAGGUGAAGCUUCUUGCGUCCUUCUACAACGAGAAAGUGAUUGACUUCAGGAUCAUUGUUGAUCUAUUAUUCCGUAUAGUUUGCUUUGGACACCCUAAUAAUCUUCCAGUGCCCAAUUCAACUUGCGAGGUAGAUAAAUCUACUGACUAUUUCAGAAUAUCGAUGUGCUGCUCUAUACUAAAGAGAUUGAAUUUUGGAUUUGUGAAGAAUUCUCAGCACUUCAGCGGCUCAGUCAAAAGUCUUGAAGGUUUCUUGAUGUUCCUACAAUAUUAUUCUUUUUGCAAGAUGCAGCCAUUACCAAGAGAUGUCAAAAUGCUGCUUGAUGACGUAUACACAAAGUUCGAAGAAACGAGUUUCAAUGACCUUGACCUAGCAAAUAACUUCCUGGAUGCUGCUACGCUAUUGCAAGCGUUCACACAAAGGUGUAGUGAAAGCACUUCAUCCAGAGCCAAAGCUUCCGAAGCAGAGAGCGCCAAUCCGCAAAUAGAUCAAUCCGAAUUAGCUUCGAGUGAUCUGGAGUCUGAAAUUUCGGAGGCAGAGAGCGAGGACUCUACAGAUGAAGAUUCUGACGAAGAGACUGUGAACAUGGAUGAUCUGGUUGUGGACUCUCAUUCUGAGAGCGACGAUGGCGACUCAGAAGACUCAGAAAGUGACAGUGACCAAUACGAAUCCGAAAUGGACGAAGAAGAUGAGGAGCAGCAGAGAAUGAAGCAGAGAAUGGAGGCUCUAAAAGUGGCCGAGGAGACAAAGUUGAUCUCCGCUAUGGAUAAAAGUAUUCAAGAACUACGCCAAGAUGCAUCUGGUUCGACCAAGCCAACCAGGUCAUUGCGGAUGCCAGCUCCCUCGAGUUUUGCUACCAGAAAUGGAAAUAGUAGUCCUACUCCAUUAGGAAUGAAACUCAACUUCUUGAGCAAAUCGAACAAGUUGAGAGAGGUCAACAUGCCAUCUAACAAGCAAUUAGAAGAGCGUAUUCUCAAAGAGCAGCAAGAGAGAAGGGCAAACCAGGAGAAAAUCUUAAGCUUGGUGGACCAAAUGAAUUGA